AUGGUUCGCCUCCAAUUAUCGAUAAAAGCCGAGCUAGAAAAUGUCACCGACUUGGAGCCAGCAACCAAGGAUUUCGAGUUCUUCUUCCAGGUGAAAUGCAACAGCUGCCAUGAAGUUCAUCGCAAGUUCGUGUCCAUGAAUCGGAUCCAAGAGCGGGAAGUAACUGGAGGAAAGGGAAGCACCGCGCAUUUCGUGUGGAAAUGCAGUCUCUGCAAACGCGAAAGUUCAGCCAAGUUUGAGUCCACCCCAAUCACACCCUACAAAGCAGAAAACGGUCAGUUCGGACCUCUGUUGGUGAUUGAAUGUCGUGGACUAGAAUUCAUUGGAUUUGAUCCGCGUGGCACCUGGAAAUGCGUUGGUACUACCGGGACUGUAUUCCCUGAGGCAGACUUGGUUGAUGGUGAAUGGAACGAUUAUGACGAAAAGGCUGGCCUACCCGUUGGUAUUUCAGAAUUCGGUAGUCGCUGGGAUCGAGCAUAA